CAGAGGUGGAAAAUGGCUGGUUUCUGAUCACUUUCUAAACAUCACCAACGUAGCCUUUGACGAUCGCGGGCUGUACACAUGUUUUGUCACCUCUCCCGUGCAUGCCUCCUACUCUGUCACCCUCCGUGUGAUCUUCACCUCCGGAGACAUGAGCAUCUACUACAUGAUCGUUUGCCUCCUCGCCUUCACCAUCACACUCAUCCUGAACGUCACAUGGCUGUGUAUGAUGAGCAGCCAUCUCCGCAAGACCGGGAAGGCCAUCAACGAGUUCUUCAGAACUGAAGGGGCCGAGAAACUCCAGAAGGCCUUUGAGAUUGCCAAGCGCAUCCCCAUCAUCACUUCCGCCAAGACUCUGGAGCUCACCAAAGUCACUCAGUUCAAGACCAUGGAGUUUGCUUGCUAUAUCGAAGAGCUGGCCAGAAGCGUGCCCCUCCCGCCUCUGAUUCUCAAUUGCCGGGCAUUUGUGGAGGAGAUGUUUGAAGCCGUGGGAGUGGAUGAUCCUGAUGACAUGGGGGAAAGAAUGAAGGAGAGACCUGCCUUGGAUGCCCAAGGGGGCAUCUAUGUGAUCAACCCAGAGAUGGGGCGGAGUACCUCCCCAGGAGGAGAUUCGGAUGAUGGCUCUCUCAAUGAACAAGGCCAAGAAAUAGCAGUCCAGGUGUCCGUCCAUCUCCAGUCAGAGACCAAAAGUAUCGGCACAGAUUCUCAAGACAGCAGCCACCCCGAUGAAACAGGGUCUGCGGAAUCCAGCUCGAACCACAGAGACAGACAGACGAACACUCCCAGCUGUGAGGCCACUUGCUACCAACCACAGCGGCUCAGGAAAGAACCUGCUUCUCAAAGUAACUUUUCUUUUUCACCAAAAGAUGACUGGGAUUUUCCCCUCAAAUAGGAAGCACAUCAGAGUAUGAAUUGCCAAAAAUCUUCAUAAAACUGUGGCAUCCUUUCUGACAUUUCUUUGUCAUUUUCCCUGAGCUUCCUUAAGCAACACAUGUUAAAGAUUUAAAGGCAUCCAAGCAAUAAACAGGUUGGGGGAG